AUGGUUGCUAUUGUGAGGUCGGUGUUUGUCCGACUGGGGAUAGGACCGGGUCGGUUAGCAGUAACUUACUCGCCCACUUUAAAAGUUACUAUUUCCAGUUUACGGCGCACAAUGAACCCUCGGCGUGACGCUCAACGUCGUGUCGAGAACGCAUUACAAUUAUGGGUUCUUGAAGCAAAAGGAGUACCGGCUAAGAGAAGAUAUUAUUGUGAAUUAUGUUUGGAUAAGACGUUAUAUGCUCGAACAUCAUCAAAACCGCUGGUGGAUAACGUUUUCUGGGGAGAACACUUUGAUUUCACAAUGCUGCAAAAAAUGGACGAAGUUUGCAUUAAUUUGUAUCGUGAAGGUGAUCCAAAGAAGAAAAAAGAGCGCGCCACAUUGAUAGGAUACAUAUUGAUCGCCAUCGAGCAACUCAGCAGUCGGCAUCCUGUUGAACGAUGGUAUACGGUAACGACAACAAGUGAUACGGGCAAUCGUCUUGCGUCCGCAUUGAGCACAAAGAGCACCAAUCAAGAACUACCGGCUGUACGAAUCAAGGCUCGCUGGCAAAGUAUCAGCAUACUACCGUUGCGUGCCUAUGAUGAUUUUCUACACUACCUCUCGUGUAAUUAUCUUUCAUUAUGUAAUCAUCUGGAACCAGUGCUUUCCGUUAAAGCGAAGGAAGACUUAGCGACAGCGCUAGUCCGUGUACUGCACAAACAAAAGCUCGCCAACGAUUUCCUCUGUGAACUAGUCAUGUCAGAAGUGGAUUCGCUUGAUAACGAUCAUUUGAUGUUUCGAGGAAACUCGCUAGCCACGAAAGCAAUGGAAGCUUAUAUGAAACUGAUUGCCGAUGAAUACUUGCAGUCGGUACUUGGCGAUUUCGUACACAAUGUCCUGUCAUCGAACGAGACCUGUGAGGUCGACCCCCUGAAACUGAAUGGUGUCUCAACUUCGACCUUGGAUAAGAAUAGAGCUCAGUUAACUAGACUUGUAGAAUUAGCCUGGGAGAAGAUUAUCAACAGUACGUCAGCAUUUCCGAUGGAAUUGCGCCUCGUAUUUGGUUCGUUACGCGACCGAUUAGAAUCUCAAGGUCGAAGUUCGUUAGCCGACACUCUAAUUUCUUCAUCGAUAUUCCUCCGAUACCUUUGUCCUGCUAUUCUCAGUCCAAGUCUGUUCAAUCUGGUAACGGAAUAUCCAAGUGGAGUGACAGCCAGGAACUUAACACUUAUCGCUAAAACUCUCCAGAAUUUGGCUAAUUUCACAAAAUUCGGUGGAAAAGAGCAUUAUAUGGAGUUUAUGAACGGUUUUGUGGAACGAGAAUGGCAACGCAUGAAAGAUUUCCUUCGACGAAUAUCCACGGGGCAAUCACUACGACCGCCAACAGAAGUGAUUAUCGAUAUGGGCAAAGAUUUGAGUCUUCUGAACACCUACUUAGAAGAAGCAUGGACACCAGAAGUACACGAACGAGCUCGAAGUACAGACAAACGAUUAGCCGAACUUCGAGAAAUCCUACUGGAUUUACACGAACACAAUCGGCGAUCCCAUUUGUCGGCUUCUGGAGUAAUUCAAUCCCCUGUUUGUCAUCAAAACAGUAGUGACUACGAGAAUAGUCCAAACCAGAUCCUGAGGCCACGAAAUGAGAACGUGCCAGCGUACCGUUCCACUCCACCAACUGGUCAGGCUACGGUGAUUACUCGUAAUCGACCUGCUCAUCAUCUGUUCACCAACGACGAUUAUGUACUCAGCACGGCAUUUCAAAGCUCUACACGUCAGCUGACAAGACUGAGUGGCGAAACUGGCACUUCCAGCAGUCAUGUCAGUGAAAAGACAUCGAGCAGUGGCGAUGCCAGGGAUACGGACAGCGAGACUGAAGUUGUUGGGUCGCUCACGGAUCGAACUCGUACCCGAAAGACCCGCCGACGUUGUGAUGACUCGCCACCUGGUAGCCAACCAGCUUCCAGUGGAUACCACAGCAACAAUCAAAGCAGUAAUUCCUCCUCAUCAUCCCCAAUCGAUCGAACAACAGCAUUGUCCAUCUCGAAUCCAGCGUUCAAUGCGGGUUCAUCGAUGUACAGCAGUUCGUCCGGGUUUCCCGACGUUCACCCAGGUCCAUCUGGAAUGGGUGGCUAUAGAAGGUUGAGUCCCCCUCCCUAUCAUCCGGAUAUGCAUAAUAACACUUCACACCAACCAGUAAGUAAAUUCGGCAAUUUUAUUGAGGGUUCAUAA